GAGACUCCAUUCAGUGUUGUUAUUAUUCUCAGCUAACUGUCAAACACAGAGACACCUGUUUUUUUUUCAAACUUAAACGUCAAAAUGUCCUCGGACUUUGAAGCAUACGAACAGGACUUUUCAACAUUAACAGCAGAAAUUACAAACAAAGUUGGCAAAAUCCCCAAACUAAGCGGAGAGGAGAAGACACAGCUGGUUCUAAAUGUCGACAAACAGCUUGAAGAAGUCAGAGAGUUGCUGGAGCAGAUGGACCUGGAGGUGCGGGAGAUCCCCAUCCAGAGCCGAGCCAUGUACAACAGCAGGCUGAAGAGCUACAAGCAGGAGAUGGAGAAGCUGGAGAAAGACUUUAAAAGGUCACGUAUCGCCUACAGUGACGAAGUGCGCAACGAGCUCCUGGGGGAUGACGCCAGCUCCUCAGAGAACCAGCUGAUAAAGUUGCGUGAAGAGAACCGCUACGGCCAGAACCGGAAGAUGCAGAACCAGCACUAG